AAAAGAGAAUUGUCUAGACCGCUUGGAGAGGGUUAUUAGAGAUUUGGGGUACACUACAGAGUUGAUGAUAUUUGUCAAAGAUCCCCAUAGUACUCUUGAUAGAGGGCUUAGACUUGUAUAUGAUGAAAUAACCCCACCCCUGCUGAUUUAUUGACCGGUUCAAAUUACAUGGAAUUGUAUGUUGAACAUAGGAAGGAGAGGCUGGAUAGCCUUGACCUUGAUUCUGAGGAUGGUAAGAUUCAAAAUGCAACCCAAGAGAAUGCAUGUGUUACCCUAAGCUCCUAUACAAGACACUCAAGGUGACUUACCACAUGCGAAAGAGAAAAGAAAAGAAAAGUUGAAUGAGAGUGGUAAAGACAAUGCAUCUACUGAGGAGACUACCAUGAUAGUGACUAUGUGUCCUUUGGGGACUCAGAAGACAAUGAUGAUGAUGAUGAUGAGGACUAGGAAGGAUUAGUCUGUGAAUAUUAUGAGGAUGAAGAAAAUGAGGGAGAUAAUAUAGUAGUGAAUCAUGACGUUAACACCAUUAGUGGGAAAGAUGCAAGUCCCUAUAAUGGAAAGUUGGAAACAAAAUUCAGAUUUAGAGUGUCGUGAUGAGUUGAGAAGCUUUCCGUCUGAUAAUGAUGAUGAAAAUACCAAUAAAAUCAAGUGAUCUCAGUUUAGUGCAGAGAAAGAUUUGAUUAAUCCUAAGUUUGUGAAUGAGAUGGAAUUUGCUAACCCUAAUGAGUUCAGAAACCUUCUUAGAUAGCAACUGUGAUAAAGGGUUUUGAUGUGUGUUGUAAGAAGAAUGAGGGUGGUAGAAUUAUAGUGGCAUGCAAAGAUGAAACAUGUCUAUGGAGGGGCUACGGAGCAUGGAAUUAAACUGGCACAAAAUGACAGAUUAAAUCCCUACAUGAUGCUGAUUGUUUAAGAGUUCUUCAAAAUUCUCAAGCCACUUCUACUUGGCUUGCAAAUGUGUAUGUGAUGCUGAUUAGUGACAAUCCUAAUUGGAAACUUGAUUCACUAAAGAAAACUAUUAAAAGAUAGUUUGAUUUGGAAUUAAAUGAUUAUAAAGUUUAUAGAACAAUAAAAAAACACGAGAAAUUAUAGAGGGAAGCUAUAAAUUACAGUACAAUCUUUUUUGGGAUUAUGCCAACAUGCCAUCAAAAAAGAAUCUUAACAAUGUAGUGAGGGUGAAGACCACAAGGAGGCAACUUAGUGAUCCUAACAGAUUCUUUGGCUUCUUUGUUGCUUAUAAGGCAUGCAUCGACGGUUUCAGAUUUGGUUGUAGGCCAGUCAUUGGGUUGGAUGGUUGCCUCUUAAAGGGGCCUUUUGGUGGUGUACUUUUGUCAGCUGUUAGCAGGGAUGGUAACAACCAGAUGUUCCCUCUAGCAAUGGUUGUGGUUCAAAAUGAAUGUGAUGACACAUGGACAUAGUUUGUGGAGACUCUAUUUGAGGCUAUUGGUGAUCAAAAUCAAAAUGGAUGUAUUUAUGUCAGUGAUAGGCAAAAGGGGUUAUUGGAGACAUUUAAAAAUUUGGUUCCUCAAGCUAGACACAAAUUUUGUGUUAGGCAUUUAAAUGCGAAUUUCAGAGAAAAUUCAAAGGGCAAGAGUUAAGGAAUCUACUUUGGAAUGCUGCAAGAGAAUAUACAGUGCGUGAACAUGAGACUGCCAUGGAGAGUAUGAUUAAAUUGAAUAAGGAGGCAUAUGAAUACUUGAACAAGCUUGACAAAGAAACUUGGACAAUAUCACAUGUCCUAAUAGAUGUAAAGUGUGAUUUAAUAUGCAACAGUAUUUGUGAAGCCUUCAAUAAAUUCAUAUUGGAGGCAAUGGAUAAACCAAUAAUCACCAUGUUUGAAAGGAUUAGAAGCUUGACUCAAUCUAGGUUUCUAAAGAAGAAGGCAAUGACAUCAAAUUGGUCAGAAAGGUGUUUGGCAAAUAGACUUGAAUUAGGUGAUAGAUUAUCAAGGGAGAAUAAUUCUGCACAGUAGAUGGGGGAAGUGAAUAUGAAGUGGGGAAUGGUUUGGGUUAUAUAACUGUGAAUCUAGAGAAGAAAUUAUGUGAUUGUAGAAAGCGGGAUUUAUGUGGGCUGCCUUGUAUUAUUUAUGCAUACCAAUGCUUGAAGCAUGUGAGAAUCAAAACCUAUGAUAUAGUAGAUGAUUAUCUAUAUGGCUACUUACGUAGAAAAUAUAUCUCUACUUUCUGAUUCAAGAUUCUGGGAGAAGACUGGACCUAGUUAUACACCCUGAAUUAAGGAAAAGGCUGGUAGACCAAAAAAGAAUAGAAGAAAAGCUACACCUGAGCUUAAAAAUCAAGAUCAAGUUAGGUGUUUUGGUCAAGUCAACACAUGUUCAAAGUGUAAGAAAACUGGACAUAAUGUAAAGUGUUGUACUAAUGAGAGAGUAGAGAUAACAAGACCAAAAAAAGAAGAGGGGAAGACCAUCAAAAAAAGCUAAUACCCUAAGUUCAACUACUCAAGAAACAACUCAAACACAAGGAUUUGGAGUUGAAAGUGGUCAGAUGCAUGAUGAUACAACAAGAAGUGCACAAGAAACUAGGCAAAAGUGUGGAAACAUAAGACCAAUGCAAACAAGAAGAGCUUCGGUUGAGGAUAAUGUACCUAGUCCUCCUCCACAACCUUCAGUGCCACAACCACAUGAUCCUCCUAGUCAAUCUUCAGUGUCACAAUCACAUGCAUUAGGACAAGUAAUAAAAUCUAAGAAAGAAAAUGACAAUAAGAAAAAAGAAGCUAAAAGUUGUACCUUCAAGGUAUAUGGGAAUAUCCAACUAACAGCUGCCCAACAACAAUCUGGAAGCUUUAUCAUGGGGCCAAGUGUAAUUGCACGAGGAUGGUUUAGCGGUAGGGGAUUUUUGGGCAAAGAGACAAUGUAUAUGUCAGGUAAUAGGUGAAUUCCAAGGUACUCAUCACGACAAGCUCCACCCACAAAAGUUGCUCAAACUUUUCAAGUAGUUCAAGUUCUAGUGCCACAAGCUGCUCCAUUUCCUCUAUCACAAGUUGUUCAAGUUUCCUCACUACAAGCUACUCCAUUUCCUCCAUCACAAGCUGUUUAAAUUCUAUUACCACAAGCUGCACCAACUCCUCUGCUUGUUCUUGUUAAACUAGAGCACUGGAAGAAAUGUCCAAUCAGAAAGCAACCAAUUUCAAGACCUUGCUUGUAGCAAGAAACUCACAGCUCAACUGAAACAACUCAUAGAUUUGAGGCACUAACUGGAAAAAAAACACUUCAACCCAAAAGAUGAGCAACUAGCUACUGUUGACAUGGCAAGAAAGAGAGAUAUUGGAGUAUUAUCUUGUUAUUUUGUAACUAUUUUUGUAGAUGGAUGAGUUUUGGUAAAUGUUGUAUGUAAUUUCAGCUUUUUUUUUGUGUGCUCAUGGUGGCUCAUGGUGUAUGAUGUAUGUAAAUGAAUGGCAUGAGAUGUAUGAUGAACCUAACAUUGACAUAUCUUGGUAAACCGUGCAACAUAAUUAGCUUAUGUUUAAUA